AAUUUUUGCUACUAAAUUGUCUCUGCCAUUGUGAAUAAGUACAACAUAAACGAAAAGAAGAAGACUUUGUUUACAAAAUUUAGACAGCUGAUUUUCAAACCGUUUCGUGAACAACAAAUAAAGGAAAUCAAUGGAUUUACCGAAAGCAGAAAUUUCUAUUUUAUAAAAAUAAUCGUUGGUCAAUUACCCCAAAAAUGGAAGAUAAUGCGACGAUACAAAUGGCCGCUGUAGAAAGAAAAAAACGCAUACUUAACGCCUUAGAAUAUUCAAGUAUUUGUAAUUUCAUACAGCAUUACCAUGGACUUGCCAUAGAUUGCGAGAUGGAGAUGGUGAAUCGGAUUUUUACCGACAUUGAUAAGCAGACGUUAAAAAGUAUUUUGCAAACAGAACUUUCUACACGUUUAAGAGCACAGCAUUGGCAAAAUGAAAUAAAAGCAAAAAAAUAUCUGAAAGCUUUCAAAGAUCAAUUAAGCACACAUCCAGCACCUACAUUACUCCUAAAAAUUGCAUGCUUAGAGAGCAUAAGCCCGAUGGCACUCUGUCGCGCAAUUUUGCAGGUAAAAUAUAAAUUUUUGCACAAAGCAGACUUGAGUCGUCUGCUGAAAUACCCACAUCUCAUUGAUGAUCCGAAACUAGCCGCGAAUGUUAUACAAUGCAUGUGUAGCGAUUCCCAAGAUGGACCACUUGUUGAUUUGCGUCGCAGAAUUUUAGGCGAAGAGUAUGAAUUUAAGUUGAAACAAAUGGCCACUGCCGCUAAUAUGCACUACUAUGAUGAAAAUGACUUACGACGUCUUGGCUAUGAUAAAACACCAGAUAUUAAAAUGAUUGUGCCAUUCUUGUACAAAGGUGAAGUAGUUAAUUGGAUUGAAAGUAAGGCCACCUUUGGUGAUGUAAAAACGCAUAAGUGGUACAUACAACAACAGCUAUAUAGCUACAGUAAUCGUUUUGGCGCCGGCAUUGUUAUCUAUUGGUUUGGUUAUCACGAGGAUACUCCGAGACUGCCGGAUAAUAACGUAGGCAUAAUUGUUUUAGACGAUUUCCCAUCCACUGAGCAUAUGGCAUUUCUUAAUCUGUGUGAUGAUGCCAGUCCAACAACAGAAAUCGCGUCGGAAUCAAGUCUACAAAAUUCUAAUAGCUGAAAAUUAAUAUAACGAACAUAAUACUCAGUAGCACGCUAGUUACCCAAAUAUUACGUCCAUAUAUACGCAUAUACUUAUAUUUAAAGCCAUAAUAAUUUUACUGUCGACAUGUAUGAAUAUAACUAAUGCAAGUAAUAUUAUAAUUUAUUUUAAAAAA